UAAAAACCAACGCUCGAAUAACUCUGGCAGCCAUACGAUCAACCGACCCGUCUCGAGGACGUUCCUUCCUUACCUACCUCAGAUGCUCAUGCGUUUAGUAUCCAGUCCAGUUUCCAGUACUCAGCAUUCAGGCAGCAAAACAGCACCAACCGCCUCCUAGCAACGCCAUUAUCUCCCUCGCCUCUUCGCGUGCUGGAAGCAAGCCUCUGCUCCACGGCGUCGCUCCUUAUUCGUUCUGAUCACAGGUGGGUCAACGCGUCAACUUGUAACCUUCACGGCCACUGGCAGCCCUUUCGAUUCCACUCCGUCGAUUCCACACCGUCGAUUCCACCCCGUUGAUUCCACGCCGUCGAUUCCGCCUACAUGGAUAACGCGUGCAUCAGCAGAUGGAGCCGGCACUCUCUAUAAGUAGUCGAUUAAAUUGCUCAGAGUCGCGCCUACCGUCCAUCGCCGUACGACUAUUCAGCAGAUCGGCUCUCCUUUCCAGAUCGUUAGUCCUCUAGAUACCCUACGCCGAGCCUUCCAGGCGAACUUAAUCGACAGGGUCGGCAAGAAUAAGAGAUAGUUUGCGGACUAUCAAGAAUAAAUUAGUUCACCAUGGUGAGCGCCGCGGCGCCGUAUCGGCGAAUCGACGAGAAGGAAGAUCCCGAGGCGCAGAUAGACUCAGAAGAGAGCGGUAAGGAGGAGGAACGAUCGUUAAACAGCACCGGCGGCGGCGGCGGCGGAGGCGGCGUUCCGAAUUCCCCGAGCUCCCCGUAUAAGCUCUCCUCCGCCUUGCCCAUCCCCUCUAUAGGCCUCCCCGCUAGCAGCGCGUGGCCGCAAUUAUCCCCCGGCGCGACGACCGCGCUGAUCGUCGUCUCGUGGUACUGUAGCAACAUCGGCGUGUUGCUUCUAAACAAGUUUCUUCUAUCGAGUUACGGGUUCCGAUACCCGGUGUUUCUGACGCUGUGCCACAUGUGCGCGUGCUGCACCAUGAGCUACAUCGCUAUAGACCGCUUCGAAGUUGUCCCGAUGCAGUUCAUCUCGUCGCCACGACAGAUGCUCAAGAUCGCGAUGCUGUCCGCCAUCUUUUGCUUCUCCGUGGUGUGCGGCAACAUGUCUCUCAGAUACAUCCCCGUCUCCUUCAACCAGGCAAUUGGCGCCACAACCCCAGCGUUCACGGCGCUCUUUGUCGUGUUAAUCACCUUUCGCACUGAAGCCGCCACCACCUACCUGACCCUCGUCCCAGUCGUCCUCGGGAUUGUCAUCGCCAGCAACUCGGAACCUUCCUUCCACCUUCUAGGCGUCAUAAUGUGCUUCGCGUCCACUGCAGCGCGCGCGCUUAAGUCCGUCGUACAGGGGCUGCUUUUAACGAGUGACAGUGAAAAGCUACACUCUAUGAAUUUGUUACUGUACAUGUCGCCGCUCGCGGUGGUUAUGCUGCUGCCGGCGAGUCUGUUUAUAGAGGGGAAUGUGCUGGCGGUGGUGGUGGCGAAAGCGAGGGAGUCCCCGUGGAUUCUGGUGUACCUGGUGGCGAAUGCUGCCUUCGCCUACUUCACGAACCUGACGAAUUUCCUGGUUACCAAGCACACCAGCGCGCUCACUCUUCAGGUCUUGGGCAAUGCCAAGGGAGUGGUGGCGGCAAUCAUAUCCGUCUUGGUGUUCCGUAACGUUGUAACCGUUAUGGGCAUGGUGGGAUUCGGCAUCACUAUAUGCGGAGUGGUGCUCUACAGCGAAGCCAAGAAGCGUGCCAAGCACUGAUGCAGGUUACAAGGCGUCUAUCUAGUCAAAGCUGCUGAGAUUGCUGACAAGCAGCAAACCAUUGUGCUGCACCACUCCAAGUCCUUGUAAUAUCACGCAUGGUUGGUCGCACAACGAUUUCAAGCACACGCUCUCUAGCAAGUACCCAAUGAAUUUUCGUAGUCCAUCGACUCUUCGCACCGCUUUUGCUCAAGAUAAUAUUCUGCUCUAGAAAUGCGUUGUAGGGAAGGUGACGCAUGGGUCUACGCUGUUAGUUGAUGAGGUGCUCUAUUCACUACAUCGCAUUUAGGCUGAGUGUAACCUCCGGAAACUAGGAUCUAGCACACGCAUGACGGAUGUUUUACUGUAGACCCUACAAACGAAGAAACGGGUCUGGGGCUU